AUGUCUACUGGAGCAGAAAACGGGAUUACAGAAGAUGCUCGUGGUACAACAUACUAUUUUAACAGAGGAAGAUCGAGUGCGACAUUAUGGCAACGACUAAGUUUAUUCUUCUCCAUUUACUGGAAAGCAGUUAUAGUGGCAUUGACACCACUAGUUUUAUUGCCGAUACCUAUAUUAUAUUCUGCUUCAGAAAAUGGAAAGGCCUACAAAUGUAUGUACGUGGUAUUAAUAAUGGCUACGUACUGGGUACUUGAGUUAUUACCUCUUCCCGUUACCUCAAUGUUACCUAUUGUUUUAUUCCCAACUAUGGGCAUCUUGGAUUCUGAUAAAACUUGUGCAGCGUAUAUGAAAGAAACCAAUAUGAUGUUCAUGGGAGGUCUGAUGAUAGCUGCUGGAGUUCAGCACUCUAGAUUGCCUAAGAGAAUUGCACUGUGGACCGUACAAGUUGUUGGAUGCUCACAUAGACGAUUAAACUUGGGUUUAACUUUUGUGACCAUGUUCAUAUCCAUGUGGGUAUCUAACGCAGCGGCCACUACAAUGAUGGUCCCCAUAGUAGAUGCAAUUUUAGAAGUUUUUGAACAGCAAGGACUUGGUGACGUCUAUAUAAACAAGAAAAAGGCACUUUCCGAAAAUGGCAAAGAUUUAAAGCCAGCGCAAGACAAACACGUUGAAGAAGAAGCGCCGAUGCCAAGCGACAUCACGAUCUGCUAUUACUUGAGCAUUGCGUACGCGUCCACGCUGGGCGGCUGCGGCACGCUGGUGGGGACAGCUACCAACUCCGCAUUCAAGGGUAUCUUUGACUCGGAAUUCCCCGAAGUGUCUGGCUCGGUGGACUUCUUCUGGUUCAUGGCGUACAGCACUCCGCCAAUGUUGUUGAUGCAGUUACUCGUGUGGAUAUCUCUUCAAGUUACUUAUAUGGGAUUGUUUAGGCCAAACAGUGACGCAGCUAAGAGAGUGAACCAGGCGUCUUCAGGGUCUCUCAAUACCAUGAAAGUUAUAAAGGAACAGUACAAGGGAUUAGGACCAGUUACUUUCCACGAGAAGGCUUCAGGUACGCUGUUCUUAUUGGCAGUGUUCCUGUACAUCUUCAGAAAGCCUGGAUUCAUGCCUGGAUGGGCCGACGUUGUCACCACCAUGAAAGUGAAGGACGGUGUGGUGUCCAUAUUCAUAGUGGUGUUGAUGUUCGUGCUCCCCAUGUCUGUGGACUUUUUGAAAUUCUUCUCGUCUUCUGCGUCAUAUGAGGAACUAGCAGUUUCUAAACCAGCGCCAAGUAUCGUGACAUGGAACAUUCUGAAGGAGAAGAUCCCGUGGGGACUGCUCUUCCUCCUGGGUGGUGGCUUCGCAUUAGCAGAAGGCAGCAAAGCGACGGGACUCUCGGCCAUGAUCGGGUCCUCCCUGAACGGGCUGCACGGGCUGCCGCCGGCGCUGGUGCUGCUGGUGGUGGUGCUCGUCACACAGUUCAUCACAGAGUUCACCUCCAACGUGGCGAUCGCCAACUUGAUACUGCCCGUAUUGGCUAAUAUGGCGCGCACCCUGGACAUGGACCCGCGCUACCUGAUGAUCCCGGCGACGCUCGCCUGCUCCAUGGCCUUCCACAUGCCGGUGGGCACGCCGCCCAACGCCAUCGUGGCCGGCGUCGCGCACAUACCCACCUCCAAGAUGGCUGUUGGCGGUAUCGGUCCUAAGAUUAUAACAACCCUCAUCGUCUGGGGCGCCUACCCCACUUGGGGGUCCCUCAUCUUCAAACCAGAAGACAUCGCAGCCCUUGAAAAGCCCACCCUUACAGCUGCAACCCUUAAAAACAACAACACCCUUUCCCUUAGGUGCAAUGUUCUUCCACAGAAUCUCGAUCCAACAAGAAUUUUCAACUGUACGGUACCUACUACGAAUAUAGCAAAUAAAACUUUAGCUUCACAA